AUGUUGUUGGAGACAAAUGUUGUUGGAGAUGACAAUAUGGACAUAACUGAUAAUGGGGAUAAUAACAAGGAAGGAAAUCCAUGCGUUGAAGUUGAAUUUGGGGACAAAUUUGAGCACACGAAUGAAGUUAAAUUUAGGGAUGGUAACAAGGGUGGAGAAGAUCCAUGGGCUGAAUUUGAAAGUGGGGACAUGUUUGAGGACAUAAACGAAGAAGAAUUUGGAAGUGGGGACAACUUUGACGAUGAUAGUGGUUAUAAAUCCAGUGAUUCCGAUGAUAUAGACUUUUAUGUUGACAAUGAAAACAUCUUAGAUGAUGUAGAAGUUGACAUGAAUGAUUUCAAUGAUAACAUUGAUAUGGAUGCAUAG